UUUAAGUCGGUUGUGGGAUUUAGAAGACAACAUAAUGCACUUAUUUGUAAGGUUGAAGUGAAGGACAUAUUUAAAUAUAUUAACUAACUGUGUUUGUGUGUGUGUAAGUGUCUUCAUUAAUAUUCGUUCUGUUCAUAGAGAAGUAAGCAUAAUUACAGUGAAUACACAGUAUUUCGUAAAAAGGACUAAUCAAAAUAGGUAUCUGUUGCAAAAUGGCAACUUCUGUUGGUUCUGUUCAAAACUGUUCAGACUUAGUGAAGGACUAUGUGUGUGACGCUUGCGAAAGUAGAAAAUUUAAAGAAAGUGCUGAUUAUUUUUGUGAAACAUGUAUGAAGUUGUUUUGUGGAAAAUGCAUUGAUCCUCAUGAUCAAAUGUGUAUGGAAACCAUUCGAAAUAUGGUAUAGGAGAAACAAAUAAAUGGCCUCUCUCAAAGAAAAUGGAGGAUUUGCUCCUGAAAUGUGAUGUCCACAGAGAAGAGAAACUGAAAAUGUUUUGUCAGGACCACAGUCAGCUGUGUUGCUCUGAUUGUGUUUUAAUGAAUCACAGAUUGCAGUUUAUCUCUGUGACCAAUGGGCAGCUGAUGAAUGGGAGGAAAUUAUCAUUACAACAUGCUGCCUAUGGUAUUGCCCACCAUCAGGGAGCAUUGUAUGUCACCUCUGACACUGCCUUGUACCACUACACUCUGACAGGAACACUGGUGAACAAAUUGCAUAAGGAUGCAGAGGCCUCCUAUAGAGUGUGUAGAUGUGCAGUAAGUCCUUCUGGGGACCGGAUCUAUGUCACCAACUUCUCCCAGCACAAGCUCCUCACCUUGGCUACCAAUGGGACCCUGAUAUCCACCUUUGAUCACAGUGAACUACAAGGCCCAUGGGGUGUACACGUUGCACCUGCUGGACAAGUGCUAGUCUGCGGAUUCAGCUCAAAUACCAUGGUACAGCUGGAUCGUGAGGGAAGUAAGAAACUGGCAACUCUGGCGUCACAGAGAGAUGGCCUGAUCCAACCAGUGUCUGUCUGCUACAACACCAACAUUCACCAGAUCAUUGUGGGACGAAUCAACAGUAAAGUCAUUGUUAUGAACUUACAAUAGUUCUUCAAAUGGGAAAAAUGAUGUUUGCACAUUUUUAAAUGUAAUUUCCAUUUUCCUUUGAAUGGUCAGUUAAGUAGGAGCAGUACAUGUCUAGGUUACAAAAAUACAUGUAUUUAAUCCUUUGCUUUUAACAAGAAAUUAAACGUAAUUUUGAAAAUGAGUCUUUAUUUAAUGCUCUGAAGAUUGCAACAUUAAAAACAAGAAUGUACCAACACUUUCUAUACUGUUAAUGCUGAUAAGUUCUUUAGUCUGACUUUAUGUCAUGUUUUAUGUUCAGUCAUUAUUAAGGUGUAUUAAAAUGG